AUGCUACCGCAUGCCCUCCCGGUGUACUACACCUCUAGCAACGACCCCAGCAACCAGCACCCGCACCCGCACCCGCACCCGCACCAACACCAGCACCAGCACCAACUCCAGCACCAACCAAACCAGCUGCAGACUCCUACCAUCCCUACCACCCAGUCAUUUACCCCCAUCAGCGUCCGUCAACCGCUAGACGCCAACCGCUCGAUGCCGGCCCUCCCAUACCAGGAGAUCCUACCCCCACUACAAAGCUCCCCCUCGCAGUGGAAACAACAGCAGCCACCGCUAUCUGUCCCACAGCAGCAGUACUAUGGAACGCCGAUCAGCUCCGUCGAGUAUUCGAGUCCGAACCCGUUCCCUGGCGGACUGGAGAGUUCGAACGAACGAAUCUCCAGCCAGCGCUAUUUCAACUGCUCCUCUCCUCAGGAGUACAAGCGGUACCCGCCUCAGACAGGAUUCUACUUGCAGCAUGGAAGCAUCUUCAACAAUAACGCUAGCAACCCUAACAAUAGUGCAGACGGUGCUCUCAACAGCAACUACGACUAUACUCCCUUCUCUUACGACAACAGCAAGAGAUCGUCCUCCAUGCAGCUGCCACAGACGUAUCCCUCUCCGCCAGUGCAGUUUGUUCGUUCCACCCCCUCCUCUUUAAAACCUUCCUCACUGUGCAUCCAGCCAUCUCACUUGGUUCAGCCCCUAUACCUCACCACGUCCUCAACACCACUUUCGAGUGCUCUGUCAAACACUGCGUCGCCGAACUCUUUCCUGACACAACAACGAGACACUUUUCUACCAAACCCGCUAAUCGAAAGACCUUCCUCGAGUUCAAAGCCGCAGCAAUACUAUGCGCCUCCCGGAGUAUACUACGACAACGCCAAGCUACGAUUCGACCUCAACACAAACGCCAGCUUGGUUGCUUCUGCCACGGGCGAGACUACUGCAGGCACGUACUCCAACCACACUUCCCAAAGCAAGCACAUAGUCACCCCGACUACCCGUAAGCGGAAAAGACGUAAGUACCGUGAAAUCAAGAGGUACUACAAAUGCCAGUACGGAGACUGCGACAAGUCUUACGGAACAUUGAACCACUUGAACUUCCACAUCCAGCUACAAAAACACGGGGCGAAAAGGCUAGCUUCCGAGUUCAAAGACAUUCGUAACCUUGCGAAGGAAGACUAA